CUCGUCUCGUAGCUGCAGCUCCAUAUUAUUGCUCUCCCCUUUGUUUUCUGCCUGCGCCGUUUUCUCUCUGGACAGAUAUUCUGCAAAUCUUCAAAGCUCUGAUCGUCUUACAUUUUGUAUUUCACGAUCCUCCAUCGAUCUACCCUUCAAACACUGUCGCAUUGACAUCGCAAGCUUGACAACAUGGACUUCUCCAACAUCUUUCGACUGGUCAAUUUGGCCGUUGGUGCCAUAAUGGUUCUUGGAGGUAUCAGUCAAUUCAUCCCAGACAUUGGAAUUCGAAACAUUAUUGUCGGAAUCUAUGUGAUACUUUUCGGCCUGGCUGUCGCCGGCCUCGAGUUACUUCCUCAAGUUCCACCUUACCUACCGAAAUAUGCAAGCUUCUUGUUCUCCUUCCUCGGACGAGGCAUCUUCUAUAUCUUCGUCGGUAGCAUCAUCCUCGAACAUCACGUUUUGCGCAUCAUUGCAGGCACCAUCGUUGGCUUUGUCGGCGUGGGAUACUGCGCACUCGAAUUCUUGCCUUCGAUCGAACCUCCUUCCAACAUGAGGGAUGCUGAUGCUGGAUGGGGCGCGGAACAAGUCUAAGACUUUGAUCUCUAUGAGGCGGAACAUCAAACCAUCUUCAGAACGACUGGCACUGGAUGAUCAAUGACCUCAAUGACGACAACGAAUACCGUGAGAGCCAUUUGUCGGCCAGUUCGGGAUCCAGGAAAUUGGAAUUUGACCCAGGGCGUAAAAUUUCUUAUGCUGGGAAUAUGUUGAGAAUACGGAUGCGCUAUUGGGAAUAGUGUGUAGGGGUGGGAUCGCCCUGGGGAGAAUCAUAUGCUCAAGGACGGUACAGAAUACAAGACUGUCAACAUGAUAUGAAGGGUGCAGUGUGUCAAGAGGGGAGUGGCAGGGGGAAGUUCGCGAAUGUAGAAAAGUUGUAACUACCUAGAUUAAUUUCUUGAAAGCGUGUAAGAUCACGAGAACGCG